AUGGAUAAUAACCCUGUAGCAAAAGCAGCGAACGAAGCUGAGCAUGAUGAUGAGUUGAAUAUUCAGGAUUAUUUACGUACAUUACCAAAAAGCGUCAAAAGUCGAGUUUGUGCUCUCAAAAAACUUCAACUCGAAGUGAUAAAUAUUGAAUCAGAGUUUUACAACAAGAUUCAUGAACUUGAAAUGGAAUUCGCUCCAAGGUUCGAUUCUUUAUAUUCUAAGCGGAAACAAAUCGUUACUGGAGAAUAUGAACCAUCCGCUGAAGAAUGUGAUGUUCCAAUUAUUUUUGGUCUUCCAGCGGAAACUUUGAAUGACGAGAGUGAUCCUGAACCACCUGAACCUAUCAAAGGUAUCCCCGACUUUUGGCUAACGCUUUUGAAAGAGGUUGAUAAUAUUGGUUCAAUGAUUCAAGAACAUGAUGAACCGAUUUUACGCCAUUUGAUUGAUAUUUGUGUCGAGCUUAAGAGUAAUCCUAACGAAUUUUCUCUUUUCUUUCACUUCAAACCAAAUGAAUAUUUUGAACAAACAGUGCUGGAAAAGAAAUACACAAUAAGAAUGACUCCUAUUGAGAAUGACCCUUUCUCUUAUGAUGGACCAAUAGUUACGAAAUCAUUGGGGUUCUGGAAAGAAGGUAAAAAUGUAACUCAGACAACAAUCAAAAAAAAGCAAAAGAAGGGUAACAAUGCGGGUAAAUUCAUAUCAAAAGUAGUUAAAGCCGAUUCCUUCUUCAAUUUCUUCGAUCCUGUUGAAAUCAAUAAAGAUUUGGGAAUGGGAUGCGAACUGGAUGAUGAUGAGCGUGAAAUGGUUGAAGCUGAUUUCGAGAUAGGGCAAUUAUUCCGUGAUCAAGUCAUUCCUCGAGCAGUGCUUUUCUAUACUGGAGAAAUUGUAGAUGACGGAUUGCUGGAUCAAUUUGAAGGAGAAGAGGAUGAAGAUGAAGUAAUAUUAAAUAAAAUAUAA